AAAGUUACAUCCGUGUUAAAAAGCGGUAACGAGGUGUAUAAAACAGAAUAUCUGUGUUAUAACGACUGUCUUUUCCCACCACGCCGCUAUAACGUCGGUCAUCAUAUUCGCGGAGUCCGUCUAUGUGAAUGUGUCAAUACAAGUGUGUUGCCCGGGAAGAAAAGGAGAACGAUGCGAUGAAUUUGAUUGCUCCUGUGAGAACGAUGGCUUAUGUGUUGGUCCAAACGUUUGUGACUGUACUAACACUGGGUAUGAGGGUGUCACAUGUUCUAUUCCCAUUUGUGAACCAACUUGCCAAAAUAACGGGGUUUGUUCUGCUCCAAAUAAAUGUACUUGCCCAAUGGGGUAUUCUGGGGACAGGUGUGAACUUGGAACUGGUGAUGCGGAACCAAUUGUGGAUAUUAUUUCCCCAACUUCAAAUCAAGAUGAGGCUUCCUGUUCAACUUGGAGCGCUGACCACUAUACUACAUUUGAUGGAAAGCAUUUUGACUUCCCUGGAACUAGUUGCACUUAUGAUCUUGCUUACGACAUUUCCGGUUUCUUCCAUGUCCAGGUUGUGAAUAACUUUGAAUGCCAUGGAACGCUUUGCAAAAGAGCUGUUCGGAUUGAGAUUGGGUCAACUGAUACCAUCAUGCUUUAUCCCAACGCCACGGCUACAUACCAAGGAAAUUUACUUCCCGUGCCAAGCGCAGUGGCUGGUAUCUCCCUUAGAAAAGCUGGUGUAUACACAAUUGCACAAUUUGGAUCCCAAGUUCGAGUUUUAUUUGACAAUCAAAACUCCAUCUUUAUUGGGGUGCCUGCUUCGUACAAAACAAACAUGCGAGGAUUAUGCGGUAAUUAUGACCACGAUCCCAAUAACGAUCUAAUGUUGGAAAGUGGGAAGAUUGUGACACCUAUCGAGUUUGGAAAUGCAUUUCACGUCAGUGACAAUUGUUUAAAAGUUUCACUUGAUCAAUCAUUGCCAUGUUCGAAAUUCAAUGAUACCACCCAGAUGGAGUUGGAAAAGAUAUGCAGUUCCUUGAGCAAUCAGCAAUUUUCCGAAUGUCAUGGUGUUGUGAACCCAGGGAACUUCCUAGAAAUUUGCAAAACUGAUGUUUGUAAAGUUGGACCAGAAGCCGCUGCUGAAAAGGCAUGCGAGAUAUUCACUCACUAUUCUCGUACUUGUUCAAAUUACCAUCUAGAUCUUAAAUGGAGAUCUUCAGAAUUAUGCAACAUCGAAUGUCCUAACAAUAAGGUUUACAUGGAAUGUGGGUCUCCUUGUGAACAGACGUGUGAUAAUGUAGGGUUCCAGCAUUCAUGUGAUAUUGAUAUCUGCGUGGACGGUUGCUUUUGCCCAACUGGUACAUACUAUGAACGAGAGACAGGAAUGUGCUUAACUAAAGCUGAAUGCCCUUGCAAGAGAGGUGGAGUUCCAUAUCAGCCUGGAGAAAGUGUCCAACAUGAUUGCAACACAUGUGUAUGUGGCAACGGGAGAUGGAACUGCACAACUAAUGCAUGCCCCGCUGAAUGCCAAGUGCUUGGAGAAGACCAGUACAAAACAUUUGAUGGGACAAUAUACGGGUUCUCAGGAGGCUGCGAAUAUGUUCUUGCAAAAGCUGAAAAUACCUACUUGGGUGAUUUUACGAUUUUGAUUCAGAACUCAGGCUGUGGGUUUGCGGACACAACGGCUUGUCAAAAGACCCUCACGGUUAACCUUAUGAAAGGAGAAGUUAUAACAAUACUUGGGCAUGGACGAGUAAAAAUUGGAGAAACAGUAGUGUCUCUGCCAUACAGCAACACUUAUGUGGGCUACACUAUAAGAAAAAUUACGACUAUCUCUCUCCAACUUGUUAUAUACAAUGAGAUCCGUUUGACUUGGGAUGUUGACAACGGGAUUUAUAUUGAAGUUCCACCAGCUUAUCGAGAGUCUAUUAGGGGGUUAUGUGGUACUUACAACUUGAAAAAAUAUGAUGAUCUGAUGCUACCUUCGGGGAUGAUAACACAAAGCAGAACAGAGUUCGGUAAUGGCUGGAAGACGACCCCACAUUGUAACGUUGAUGAGCCUUCAGUAGGCAUGGAUAUGGAUAUUGAUGCGUGUGAUUUAGGAUUUAAUUACCACAGCCAGGCAACACAACUGUGUAGCGUCUUGAAAACAAACCCGUUUUCCUUGUGUAAUUUGGUUGUGGAUCCUAUUCCUUACAUAGAAGGGUGUAAACAUCAUGUCUGUCACUGCCUGCACAAGUUUGUAAGCUCUGACUCUUGCGAAUGUGGUAUGCUGAGUGCAUAUGCUCGUGCGUGCGGUCGAGCUGGUACACCAGUGCCAUCUGUGCCAUCAUGGAGAGACACAUAUGGUUGUCCAGCGAACUGCGAAGGAGGCCGAGUAUUUAUGGAAUGCACGGGAAGAUCUUGUGAAACCACUUGUCAAAUGUUCAGUGAAGGCUCCAUUGACAAAAAAUGCCCCAAGAUUAAAGAGUGUCACCCUGGUUGUGUUUGCCCAGAAGGCCAAUACCUUGAUACUCGCCGCAAUACUUGUGUCAAAGUAGCUGAAUGUCCUUGUUAUUUUAAUGAAGUGGCAUACGAGCCAAUGUCAUCUCGCCAAGAAGUUUGUGAUAUGUGUAAUUGCAACAAUGGUGCAUGGUCAUGCGCUCCUAUACCAGACUGUACGUUGGAGAAUGUCUGCCAAGAGGGCCAAGCAUGGAGUAAUUGUACCAAGUGUGAAAGGACGUGUGAAAACAUGCACACUGCUUGUGUGCCAAAUCACUGUCAUUCUGGAUGCGCAUGUCUGGCUGGAACUGUAAAAGAACAUGGUUCGUGUAUUCCUCCAGGAGAUUGCCCAUGCCAUCACCAUGGUGUCAGUUACCCAGAAGGUUCCUCCAUCAACCAAGACUGCAAUAAAUGCACCUGUCACCAGACAAAGUGGGUUUGUUCAAGGCAGGAUUGUUCAUCUACUUGCACAGUGUACGGUGAACCUCAUGUCCUCAGUUUCGACAAACGUAGAUUCAAGUUUUUUGGUUCUUGUAGUUACGUGUUGGCUGAGGACAUAUGCGAAGACGGUGUGGGAUCCUUUAGCAUAGUGAUGGAGAAUAUUCAUUGUGAAACUGGAAAUGUGGUUUGUGCUAAGUCAUUACGGAUUUCAAUUCAUGAUAAAGUGAUUGAAUUGGUUCGUGGAUCUGAACCCAAAGUAAUGAGAAACACGUGGGCUUUGCCUGGAACCCCAAAGGCUGAUUUUUUAAUUCAGAAAUCAGGACUCUUUAUAAUUAUUUCAACAAAGAUUGGGCUCAAAAUAAGAUGGGACCAUGGUACAGAGUUAUCUAUACAACUAGAUCCGCAGUUCCAGGGAAAAGUUUGUGGUUUAUGCGGAAACUAUGAUGGGAACGUUCACAAUGACUUUAAAACUAGACAAGGUGAGAUUACCGACCUUGCCCAUUUGUUCGGAGAUAGUUGGAAAGUGUUUGAUAGCUGCCCCUCCUCUGAGCCAACACAGGCCCAUCCAUGCCAGAUUUAUCCUGAAAGAGCAGCAUGGUCCAGAUACAAAUGUAGAGCCAUUCUAAAUGAGCCAUUCACCAAGUGUCAUUCAGUCGUAUCCCCACAGGAAUACUUUUUGGAUUGUGUCUUCGACUCUUGCAAAUGUCACGCCGGGGGUGAUUGCGAGUGUCUGUGUACAGCCAUAGCAGCAUACGCAAGAGCCUGCAGUGACCGACAAGUUUAUAUCAAGUGGAGAACUCAAGAGACCUGUGGUUUACAAUGUGAAGAAGGACUACACUACAGUCCAAAUGGUACAACAUGCAACAAUGGAUGCCCGAGUUCAAACUGUGAUUCCAUGUUAGUGGAAGGUUGCCAUUGUCCAGAGGGUUUAGUUUAUUUAGAUGGUAAAUGUGUUUCUUCUGUUCCCUGCCCAUGCAACUACAAUGGCACUGUCAUCCAAUCAGGAAAUAGUUAUGUGGAUGAAUGCAAGAAUUGUACUUGCCAUAACGGAUCAAUAAGUUGCGACCAAACAUCGUGCACGACAGCUGUCACCUCAACUACUUCAUCAUUUACGACUUCAGUUGCCACGCCACCAUUUGUUACAACCCCCUUCAGCUCUGUUGAAACUACAAGAGGUUUAAACUUUUCAGAGACUUCAACUGCGGUAAUAACCUACACACCACCAGCUGAUGAAACAGUAUCUACCACACCACAAUCUUCAACCACAUUUGAAACAACAACAGCCAAAGUUACAACUUCUCGAGGAAGCACCUCUAUAUCAUCUGGUACAUCACCUGGGGGAAGCACUACUGUAUCAUUUGGUACAUCAGCUGUAGGGAGCACUGCUGUAUCAUCUGGUACAUCAGCUGUAGGAAGCACUACUGUAUCAUCUGGUACAUCAACUGGGGGAACCUCUACUGUAUCAUCUGGUACAUCACCUGGAGAAAGCUCUACUGUAUCAUCUGGUACAUCACCUGUAGAAAGCACUACUGUAUCAUCUGGUACAUCAGCUGUAGGAAGCACUACUGUAUCAUCUGGUACAUCAACUGAAGGAAGCACUACUGUAUCAUCUGGUACAUCACCUGUAGGAAGCUCUACUGUAUCAUCUGGUACAUCAACUGUAGGAAGCACUACUGUAUCAUCUGGUACAUCAGCUGUAGGGAGCACUACUGUAUCAUCUGGUACAUCAGCUGUAGGAAGCACUACUGUAUCAUCUGGUACAUCAACUGGGGGAACCUCUACUGUAUCAUCUGGUACAUCACCUGGAGAAAGCUCUACUGUAUCAUCUGGUACAUCACCUGGAGGAAGCUCUACUGUAUCAUCUGGUACACCAACUGGUGGAACCUCUACUGGAGGAACCUCUACUCACUACUGUAUCUUAUGGUACAUCAACUGGAGGAACCUCUACUGUAUCAUCUGGUACAUCAGCUGUAGGAACCUCUACUGUAUCAUCUGGUACACCAACUGGUGGAACCUCUACUGGAGGAACCUCUACUGUAUCCCCUGGUACAUCACCUGGAGGAAGCACACUACUGAAUCAUCUGGUACACCACCUGGGGGAACCUCUACUGUAUCAUCUGGUACAUCACCUGUAGGAAGCACUACUGUAUCAUCUGGUACAUCAGCUGUAGGAAGCACUACUGUAUCAUCCGGUACAUCAGCUGUAGGAAGCACUACUGUAUCAUCCGGUACAUCAGCUGUAGGAACCUCUACUGUAUCAUCUGGUACAUUAACUGUAACAGAAACCGUGACGAAUGCCACAGUCAUCCCACCUUCGAGCACAGUUGUGACCAUAACAACAUUUUCUCCACCCCCCACACCACCCACCACAAGUUGUUUGCAUAAUGGCACUGACUAUACCCUUCUUGGAAACACGACUUGGGAAGAAGGAGGAUGUAGAAAUUGCAUGUGUGUUGAUGGUGAAGCUCAGUGUGGCAAAGUUUGUCAUGUGACCUGUGGCGAAAAUGAAGAACUUCUGGAUGAUGCAGAUUCUGAUGAAUGCUGUCGGUGCGCUCCCAAACAACAAGAAGAAGAACAAGAAGAAGAAGAAGAUAAAUGCAAACCAGUAAACAUUGAAAUUCAACUUAAUGUUAGUGGUUGUGUGAGCCCUCCAGUCAACCUCACAUCAUGCAGCGGGCAGUGUGUAUCCGGUGUAGAAGUUAUAUCAGAGCCGCCAUUUUUAUCGCAAAAGUGUAACUGUUGUCAACCCAAAUCAGUUGUGAGCAAGUCUGUUACACUUAUAUGCCCUGGUGGUAAAGAAAGAGAACAACUUGUCCCGUUCAUUCAGUCUUGUUCAUGCUUGGCUUGUGGAGGCGAACCCAUAUUUUAACAACAAGUUUUUAAUAAUCUGUGAUACAAAAGGCUUAAUUGGACCGAAUAAUGACCACAAAACUGCCUGCACAGCUGAACUGUGGUGAACGAAUAACAGUUAAGCAGUUGAUAACACUAUCAUUGCUUAACAGAAUGACCACACCAUGAAUACUGCUGUGCAUUUUCUUUUCUUUUAUUAAUAUCAUUAGCGUAUAAGCUUUAACUGCUGUAGACGUAUGUGCAAUAUAUGUAAUGGCAAAUAUAACAUAAUCAUUGCGAAUUGCGUGUUAUAUACAAUUGAUCCAGAAGAAAAUCUUUUUGUGGAGAGUUUAUACCUGGAAAUCCGUCACUUUUAAAUACUUUAAUUAAUUUACUGUUGAAUCCUGGCAGUAAGAACAGUUUAUUUGCAUGUCAUACAAACAGCUAUGUCUCGGGCUCUCGGCCAUUUUCGGGGCACGUGUGCUGCGUAAAGCAGACUGAAGUUGACGCCUCAAUCAGUAUAGAGGACAACCGCAAAGUGAUAGUAAGAAUUUGCAGCGACAUGGUACAGUCUCUCACUAGCGCUUGUUAGAAUUGAUGUGUUGCUACAGGUCUAGGACUUGUGUUGCUACAGGUCUAGGACUUGUGUUGCUACAGGUUUAGGACUUGAUUCAAACUAUCAAAAUCAUGCGCUAUUAUAGGCGUGGCAAUACAUUAGUUUCGUCUUAAUUAUUACAAGAACCAAAAUGACGUAACGAUCUCCAGCCGAUAAGCGAGAGAAAAACAGAAAAAGGGAGUUGCGACAGUCGUAGGUGGUAGCAUAGAGAACUAAUAUAAUAGAGUGCACACUCCUGUUUUUUCGAUAGACUGGUCACGCUUGAUUUCGCCGAUCCCAUGUGACAGUUGCCAAGAGCAACGCCACAGCUUUAAACGAAAAAUGUACACUUUGGUCGUUUGCUGAACCAGUGAACCUAAGUUCGUUAUUAUAUGGAUU